AUGAGCAGCUGCAGAUAUAACGGCGGCGUGAUGCGACCGCUCAGCAACUUGAGCUCGUCCCGCAGAAACCUGCACGAGUUUGAUUCGGAGUCCCAGCCACUGCAGCCCGUCUCUGCGACGCACGCGUCCGACACGCUCGCAUCCAAAGCGGAGAACAACUCCAGCACCCUCAUUGGCAGUAAAUCGGGCAAAAAGAAGAACCAGAACAUUGGACAAAAGCUCGGGCACAGGAGGGCCCUGUUUGAGAAGAGAAAGCGUCUGAGCGACUAUGCGCUCAUCUUUGGGAUGUUUGGGAUCGUGGUCAUGGUUGUUGAAACUGAACUCUCGUGGGGAGCCUACGGAAAGGAGUCACUCUAUUCUUUAGCCCUAAAAUGCCUGAUAAGCCUUUCUACACUCAUUCUUCUGGGUCUAAUUAUCAUAUAUCAUGCCAGGGAGAUUCAGUUAUUCAUGGUGGACAAUGGUGCAGACGACUGGAGGAUAGCCAUGACCUACGAGCGCAUUUUCUUCAUCUGCUUGGAGUUCCUGGUGUGCGCCAUACACCCUAUCCCCGGCAACUACACCUUCACAUGGACGGCAAGGCUAGCCUUUUCCUACGCACCGUCCAAAACGGACGCCGAUGUGGAUAUCAUCCUGUCCAUUCCCAUGUUUCUCCGUCUGUACCUCAUCGCUCGGGUCAUGUUGCUUCAUAGCAAACUCUUUACCGAUGCUUCGUCUCGCAGUAUCGGUGCUCUCAACAAGAUAAACUUCAACACACGUUUUGUCAUGAAGACCCUCAUGACUAUUUGUCCCGGCACAGUGCUGCUGGUGUUCACCAUUUCCCUGUGGAUCAUCGCUGCCUGGACUGUGAGGGCAUGCGAAAGAUACCAUGACAACAUGGAUGUAACAAGCAACUUUCUAGGAGCCAUGUGGUUGAUCUCAAUAACUUUUCUAACCAUUGGAUAUGGGGAUAUGGUCCCCAACACAUACUGUGGAAAAGGGGUCUGUCUCCUUACUGGCAUUAUGGGUGCCGGAUGCACUGCUUUGGUGGUUGCUGUGGUUGCAAAAAAACUGGAAUUAACCAAAGCUGAAAAACAUGUACAUAACUUUAUGAUGGACACCCAACUGACAAAAAGGGUGAAAAACACAGCUGCUAAUGUACUCAGGGAGACGUGGCUUAUUUAUAAAAAUACCAAGCUGGUGAGGAAGAUGGACCAUGCCAAAGUCAGGAAACAUCAGCGCAAGUUCCUUCAAGCCAUUCACCAAUUAAGAAGUGUAAAAAUGGAGCAACGCAAGCUGAAUGACCAAGCAAACUCUCUAGUGGACCUUGCAAAGACUCAAAACAUCAUGUAUGAUCUAGUCUCAGACCUGAACGAGCGAGGUGAGGACAUGGAAAAGAGGAUUGCAGUGCUGGAGACCAAACUGGAGACGUUGCUCUGCAACUUACAGGCGCUCCCUGGCCUCAUCAGUCAAGUGAUCAGCCAGCAGCACCGGGACUUCCUGGAGGUUCAGCUGCAGCCGUAUGACAAACACAGCCACGAGCGCUCGCAGUCCGUCUCCCGACGCCGAUCGUCCUCCACCGCGCCGCCCACUUCUUCUGAGAGCAGCUAGAGCUGCUGGCACCUCCGGAGAAGACUUUUGCCAUUAUAUGGCCAAGUUGCAUUUUAAUGUAAAGCCUUAUAGUUUCAAUAAAGUAUUAUCCGA